AUGAAAAACAAUCCGCUUCGAACAAAACCAUCAUCCAUAUGCGGUAAUGGUAUUGUAGAAGUAGGUGAAGAUUGUGAUUGUGGUGUGCAAGUACGAAACAAUAGUUGUAUUACAGUUGAAGCUUGUUGUAAUCCUAAAACAUGUUUGUUUUAUGAUGGUGCAGAGUGUCUCGGAGGAGAAUGUUGUGAUGCUUGUAAAUUUAUUAAAGCAGAAGUUGUUUGUCGAUCAUCGAAAAAUGAUUGUGAUCUACCCGAACAUUGCACGGGAACAUCAUCGCAGUGUCCAGAAGAUAUCACUGUAUUAGAUGGCUCAUCGUGUAACGAAGGGAUCGGAACAUGCCACAAUGGCCGAUGUGUUGGAAAUCAGUGCAGAGAAAUCUGGGGCUCGGGUGCUAAACAAGCUCAUGAAUCAUGUUAUUCGUAUUUUAAUCCUUCGGGAACAAUAAGUGGUCAUUGCGGUCAUGAUUCUCGCUUAGACAAGUAUAUACCUUGUUUUGAAAGUGAUGUUCACUGUGGUCUAUUGCAUUGUGAAGGUGGAAGAAAAAUUCCUCAGAUAUCAACGAAUAAUUUUAUCACAUUUCUCGUAAAUACAAAAGAUCUUUCGUACGAGUGCAAGAGUAUAUCCGGUUCUACAAACUCCAUACUUGUUAAUGAUGGAAGUGUUUGUGGUUUGUCAAGUUUUUGCUUAAAUAAUAAAUGCGUUCAGCAAGAUUUAAAACAAUGUCCAAUGGGAGAAAAUCAUAGAAUGUGUUCAGGAAAUGGAAUUUGUUCAUCAUUGGGAACAUGUUAUUGUCUAUUUCCAUGGUCAGGAACCGUUUGUUCUAUACAAUCAAGAAAUGAAACUCGAUUCAUACGUAACGAGAAAAGCUCAUUACCUAGUUAUCACUUGGCACAUAGUCCUGUUACAACCGUAAUGUUAACAAGUUUAGGUAGUAUCACAUUUGGAUUACUUAUAUUUUGUUUUAUUAUGUCUUUCUUGUACAGAAAAAAAACUCCCAACAAGAAAACAAAAACAACUAUAUCCUUACCUAAUAAGCAGCAAACAUAUCAACGUAACGAUUAUUUCAACAAUCACGCAUUGAUAUCUCAUCCGAUGAAUGUAGUUACUGGGAAAAGUCCAACGACGAUUUCAAAAGAAGAGAAUCGAUUAUAUUCUAAAAUAGGUGUCCAUUAUUCGAAUCCACAUGAGCAGAAAGUACUCAGCUCUCAGACGAUUAAUCCAUCGAAGAAAGCAGCAGAUCAUCCCUUGAAUUAUACAUCAACAAAGUCGAUCUCUUGCUCUCUGACAUCGACACCCAUAUUAUCCAGACCAACAGUAAUCUCAACUACUUCGCCUUCUUGUUCAUUACAACGAUCAUCGAUAAUGAAUAGUUCACGUUCAAUUUAUUCGGCUACAACAGGCUUGUCAUACGUGGAUACACCUCGUUCUAUCAGAUGUUCUGGAAGAAAAUUAUCCACUUCUCAUAUUAGUGAUUCAGAAGCGAGUCCUCAUUUUCGUUCUAAUCGUCGUCCUCGAAAUAAAACAAUUGGUGACAAUUCAUCAUUAGUUAGUGGUCAAUAUGCUUCCUUAUCCUUAAAACGAAGUACGGCACGAUACGAACCUGUAAAAUAUCAUCAAUCACCAAUGAGAGCCACCGGAGUACAACGGACAAUAAAAUCCAAAUAUAACACAAAACAAGAUUUGAAAAGUGAAGAACAAGAAAAUGACAGAGAGGAAUGUGCGAAUUUGAAAGAUUUUAUCGAAGUAUUAGACACGUUAGCUCGACAAAAGUUUGGUACUACCGAUAGUUCGUGUAGUCCGAAAGAUGAGUUCAAUGAUUCUUUUGACAAUAAUCCCGAUAAUAGUUCCGAUAAAUGGGUUAAAAAAGAGUCUACAUUUCUUUCAUCAAGUCCAACGGAAACGCAAUCGAGUCUCAUGACACCAGCUGACAGUGGCUAUACCACAAAAUUUGAAAGUAGAGAGUCUUUAUCGAUUAGAGGAAAAAGUGAAACAAGUGUAGUUAUUGCAUUGUCACCAAAACAUACACGACAUUUACAAAACAAAUGUGAAACUGAUAAAAUGUUGUAA